AGAAACAGGAAACGACCAACACCAGCCAGAGACGCAACAGUGUUUGGUGUAACACUGAAAGAAGCCGUUUCCCUCUGAACGGUACAGGACUGACCUUGGAAAACGGUGGACUGGAGUUUAUAUGAACAUCACUGAGACUGAAGUUUAGACCAGAAUGAAGAUUCUCCUCAUCUUCACCCUCCACCUGAUCUCAGGUGCAGCAGCUGGUAUUGAUGUCAUCGGCUUCCUGGGAGGAAGAGUCACAAUCAACUGCAAACACAGUGACUACGAAUGGAGCGAGACGUCUUUUUGCAAAAUGAAAACACAAGCUGAGUGUGACUAUAUUAUAGUUGCUGAGUAUGAACAGCAUAACACGUGGAUUCAGAAAGACAGAUUUGAGCUCUUUGAUGACUCUUAUAAAACCAUUAUAGUUUCCAUCAGACAGCUGAGCUCAGAGGAUGCUGGAACAUAUCAGUGUGGACAGGCUGGGAGCUGGAGUCAUCAGAUUAACCUCCGAGUGAUCAGAGAUCCGUGUUAUUUGGGGUCAAAUACUGUGGCUGGUUAUGUGGGAGAGACGGUCACCAUCAGCUGUUCAUAUCCAGAGGAGUUUGAGAGUCACAACAAGUACUUCUACAAACUUGAUGCUCAUCAUAUUCCUACAAUGAUGGACACCACAGAGACUCAGAGAGGCAGAUUCUCCAUCUCUGAUGACAGAAGAUCUAAAGUUGUCAGUGUGAGGAUCAGUGAUGUGAGAGAAGCUGAUGGAGGAGUUUAUUACUGUGGAUUGUGGAGAGAAGGAGAGUCAGUCAGUUAUCAGUCCUUCUACACAGAGAUUCAGCUGCAGGUCACUGCAAAGUCAGGAAGCACAACACACACAAAUCCAUCUGGUUCUUCUAACACCAUCACUGUGUGUGCCUGUGUGGCUCUGCUGCUGCUGCUGAUCGGAGGAUUAGCACUGAUAUUUCUCAGAUGCAUCCAGGCAAAAGGCUCUUCAUCAAACAGCAGCGAGGAAGGAAUCAAUUCAGAAAUGUCUCCUGCUGCGUGUGUCUAUGAAGAGAUUCAAGACUUCAGACCACAAUCAGACUCUGAAGAUACACCACUUUACGCUAUUAUUCAACCACCUAUACAUCCCUCUGAUCCUCUAAACUCUGUAUACACCACUGCCCAACUACCCAAAAUGCCCUCCCAUCCCCCUGAGACUGUAUAUGUAAAUGCACAGUUACCCACAAUCCCCUCUGAUCAUCCCAAUGAAGUGUAUGCUACCGUCCAACUACCCACAAUCCCCUCUGAUCCUCCCAACGAAGUGUAUGCUACUGCCCAACUACCCACAACGUCCUCUCAUCCCCCUAAGACUUAUAUGUAACUGCCCAACUACCCCCAAUGCCCUCUGAUUGUUUGGAUACAGUACAUGCUACUUGAAAUACUUCAGGUAGUCUUACUAGCUCUCCAGUUACCCCCUCUGAUCUACCCAAUACAGUUCAUGCUACUACACAGGUACCCAGAAUCUCUUCUGAUCCUACCGACGAUCUCAGUGAGGUCAAUAUACAGCCUCUCAAUGUGUGAAUGUUGCUCCAUUGAUUAAUAUGCUAGGGGUAGAGGCAUCACCAAGUGCAGUAUAUAGAGCUUUGUCUUUGCUUGCUCCAUGUAACUUUAGCAAUGUUACCUUGAAUUCUAUCACAUGCUUACUUGCUAAGAAAAUUUCAGAGCUUGCCAGGUAUCUGGCCGUUUGCGUGGUCAUCGGCUUAAGACUGUGAUAGGAUCAAAACAAACUGUGUUUUUUGUGCCAGUAUAAAAUGUUGAUUUCACAGAUGGAUGUGUCAAAACUAUGUUACUAACGUUUUAAAUAUUAUUUUACGGUUAUUUUACACUCAGUUGCUUAUUUUAGAUUGUACUGUAGAUCUGAGGAGCAAUUUAAGUCAUGGUACACUUGAUGCUUUCAAUAUUGAGACGUUGAUGAGACCAAAUAAUCUCCUUUUUUCUCUUGAUUUAGUGUUUAUAGGUGCAUAUUAAACUUUAAACUUGAGGCUUUCCUGUGAAGUUUCAGUCCUUGUCUGAAUUUUUUAUGCCACUAAAACGUGAUCUGCUUCAAAUAAAUAUAUACAAAAAAUA